AUGAAAAUGCUCCGGUUUCGCAGCCCCAGCAUCCGCUCCUUGGACCUGGAGAUCCUCUGCACGAUCCGGUUACUGGACGACUCCGAGAUCUCCUGCAGCAUCCAGAGAGACACCAAAGGCCAGUUCCUGUUGGACCACGUAUGUAACCACUACAACCUACUCGAGAAAGACUACUUUGGUAUUCGAUAUGUGGACCCCGAGAAACAGAGGCAUUGGCUUGAGCCCAAUAAGCCCGUGGUGAGACAGAUGAAGUCUCAGCAGCCGUACACCAUGUGCUUCCGGGUGAAGUUUUAUCCCCACGAGCCACUGAAAAUCAAGGAGGAGCUCACCAGGUAUCUCCUGUACCUCCAGUUAAAGAGAGAUAUCUACCACGGUCGUCUGCUCUGUCCUUUUGCUGAAGCUGCAUAUCUGGGAGCCUGUAUCGUACAGGCUGAGCUCGGGGAUUAUGACCCAGAGGAGCACCCGUCAGACUACAUCAGUGACUUCAAGCUGUUCCCUAAACAAUCCCUCAAACUGGAGAGGAAGAUUAUGGAAAUACAUAAGAAUGAGCUCAGGGGCCAGUGUGCUGCAUUUGCAGAGCUGAACAUGCUCCAAAGGGCUCACAGCCUCGAAACAUAUGGAGUUGACCCUCACCCGUGCAAGGACUUUACAGGCUCCACAGCGUUUCUCGGGUUCACAGCCACGGGUUUCGUGGUCUUCCAGGGAAACAAGAGGAUUCACCUCCUCAAAUGGUUGGAUGUAAGCAAGCUGAAGUUUGAAGGGAAAACCUUUUACGUUAUCGGGAUUCAGAAAGAGAAGAAACUGGUGCUGACAUUUCACACCUCGACCCCUGCAGCCUGCAAGCACUUAUGGAAGUGUGGGGUGGAGAACCAGGCCUUUUACAAAUGCGCAAAGUCGAGUCAGAUUAAGACAGUUUCUAGCAGUAACAUCUUCUUCAAAGGCAGCAGGUUCAAGUACAGUGGAAGAGUAGCCAAGGAGGUGAUAGAAGCCAGUUCUAAGAUUCAGAGAGAGCCACCAGAGGUGCGCAGAGCCCAGUUUGGUCAGAGUCGAAGUUUUAACUCACUGAGCCAUAAAAACCUCAUCAUGAACAUGGAACCUCUGGUACCUGCAUUGCCGUCCACCAACGAAUAUGAAGAGACAGCAACAGACAAUGGUGUUGCUGUGAAGGAGUCAGUUCCCUUAUCUCCCCUCAAACCUUCAGCUGCACCCACAGACACAGAGCCACGAAGUACUGAAGGAGGAAACUCUUCUUUGAGCAAUGACCUGCAGCCUCCCCGUGUUUCCAUGGAAACCUCAAAUCUCCGACCUCAGACGCCCAAAGCUGAAGAUGAAGUGGAGGAAGACGAAGAGGCCAGUGGCGCACUCACCAUUUCUGAGCUCGUCUACAGCCCCUGUGCGAGCAUGCUGCCCACCCCAGUGGACGACAGUCAGGGAGGCGUCGACUUGCUCUUCUCCUCUCCAGUCCAGAGCCCCGCCAGGCUGCUGAGGGAGCUCCAUGCUGACCCCGACAUCCAGGCCCAGCUGGAGGCUGAGAGGGAGCAAGACCGGGCAUAUGAGCGCACCCGACUGGCUGCAAGAAGUCGAAUGGGUGGAGUCCUAACCAGCAGCCUGCGCCUGCUGUCGUCCAAUGAGCGAGUCAAUGCGUGUGUGCUGAGCAUGGCCCGCUUCGUUGCCGUGGUAAUGGGCGUCCUGCUUGUCACUGUGCCCACACUGCUGCUGCUGUUGGAGUCAGACAUCGAUGUGUCGUUCCUCCACGAGAUCCGCCAGACCCCAGAGUUUGAGCAGUUUCACUACGAGUAUUACUGCCCGCUUCGACGCUGGAUCCUGUGUAAGAUCAGCAUGGCCAUGGAGAACCUUUGGUCAGACUGAAGAGGAAAAGACACAUAAUGAAAAAGAGAGAGUGAGAGGGCACUGUGGGGCAACGAAUACGCCCAAAUGUCUGUCUUAACAUGUAAUUUAAUCUAGUAUUCAGUCUUAACAAUUGGUAUCUUUUGACUCAAAAGCCUCCCAAUGAGAUGAAAUGAUUUAACUUGUUAUAGAAAAAGUCCAAUUUAUUUUAUGAGCAGGUGCCAUUUAUCGCUUAUUAGGGCUCACAGAAUGGUAGUAGGAGGUUUUAUUGAACUGUCAGGGUCCCCAGUAUGGCAAAGCCUCUAUGUACAACAUUAUUUCUGAGUGAAUUGAGUCAAGUAGAUUUUUUUCACCUCUUUGGCAGCAUAAUAAAGAGAUAUAAGGAAGAAAUCAAUUUUAAUCACAGGAUCCAAUUACUUGUUAAGAUAGACACUUUUGGCUGUGAUGAACUGAAGAGAAAGAGGACGGGAAAUACUGUAGGUGUUCAAGGAAGAAUUUAUCGAGGGGAAAGAUUCAUGAAAAUAAAAAACGAGGGAGGUCAUGAACAGAGAAAAAGUCACAAAAAUAAGGAAAUCAGUUGUUUUCUGUUUACUAGAAGUUUUAAUGGUCUGUUCACUCCUGAUGCUGACAAGUUGAUGCAGAGACUUUUUGGUAAAUAUCACAAACCAUUCUGUUUGGUUGACAGCUUCAGAGCAAAGCGCCUGAUUGGUCAUGCCUGUCAGUCAUGACGGAGUGGGUAGGAACAGGACAGAGAAAGAGAUGAUUGAUUUGUCACUGAACGCAACAAUAGCCACAGUCAGAGGUACAUUAUAUAUAUUUAAAAACAAAAGAGAAUAUUGAUAAUAAUACCAAUCUUAAAUAAGUUGUUUUUAAUGUUUUGUACAUUUUUAUGUGAUCCAGAUCUUUCAGGAAUUUUUCAGUCAGAGGAUCUACUUUGAUCUUAUUUUGAAAUUAAGAGUUUACAAAAGAUUACAAAAAAAGCAAAUUUAUCGAAGUUUAUCGGGGUGAUGGGUGUUGAGAAAUUUAAGCUAUUUUUUAAGACUACCGUCAAUAUUUGUUGACUUGGUAGCACCCUGGGUUUUUCCUACAGAGGCUAUAGCACAAAUCUUUUACACAGACCACAGAUUACAACUGUUUCAGAUUAUGUGAUGUCAUUUUGGAAACAGGAGGGUGGCAGGAGAGAAACUUUGGUCUGUUUGUGAUGAUAAAACGUGUGUGUUUUCUUGAACUUCUAAAUGUCUUCUGAAGUAAAUGUUAGCUCAUUGAUCUUUCACCGUGGUUUUAGAGCGUUUAACAUAAAAUGUAUGAAGAAGUGCUAAGGGAAGAAACAGUUACUCAUAAGAUAGCGAGAAAAAGUCACUGUAUGGUAAAUUUAACUGCAAUUUUGGACUUGAGGUGGGUCAUUUGUUAGUCGAUAGUGUGCCAGUUUUGGGGGAGCUCUGUAUAUGUUUCAUUCGGAAUUGAAAAGACAGGAUGAUACAUUCAAUCUGCCCAGAGGAACAGGUAUCGAUAGUCCAAAUUCACUGCUGGUACAUGACACAGGAUAGGACAAGUGAUGCGUUUUUGAUGGUCUAAACCACUCAUACAGGGCAUUUUCUGGUGUAGAAGAUGUUGAUCAAGUAGGAGUACAGUAUUUAACUUUCAAAAGUUAAAAGUUAGAAGUAUUUAACUUACAAAAGCAGACCAGUAUUUUAGUCACUGAAUCAAAUUGGAAAUGAUUUAUAGCCAUUUUGUAAGAAGAUCAGUGAUAACAUCAUGUCAAGCAGCCUGUGUUUAUCAUUUAAAUAACUGCAGCUGUUUAUAUCUUUAAACAGAGACAGUAUUUUCUCAUUGUAGUGUCAGUGACCAACAGGACGGAGUUAUCAGGACUUAUAGAUGGGGUAGAUGUUUAAAAGUGGCGUUUGAGGAAUGUGAUUUUUAGUAGAUACAUUUUAUAAGGCUGUGUUCACGUACAUUCACUGCUGAUAUGGCUGGGGUUCCCAAAACAUCUGGAGACAUGGAGUAAAAGACGAAUAACAUCAAGUUUAACCUGAGAGGGGAGGCAAAACACUGAUUUAAAAACCUUUAUUUGGUACAGAAAAAUAGAACAAGGAGUGAACUGCAAGUUGUGACUUCAUGCUAUGGGUUCGUCUGUAUCGAAAUUUCUGUCCUACAGUAUAUAAUUUUGUGUACUUUGACAGUGCACAAAGGGGAGGUUACAUUAUGAAACGAAACCAAGACUUAUGUAACCUUAUGACUUGACUCAUCAUUGGGCUAAAGACUAAAUCGGACUCCAGUAGCCCAGUAACUUUUGAGAACUGACAGCCAUCGAGGCAUGAUUGCUCAGCAUACAGACAGUGCCUGUUAGUUAUAGUUUAGUGGAUCUGAAUGGAGAGGAGAACAGAGAGGUUUAGAGAUGAGAAAUGACUUCAGAUCAAAUAAAAACAAAAAAGUUAUAUUCAAAAUGUAGUUUGAUGUGGAUCAACUUCUCAGGAAAGGACAUUAACAGUUCAUGUUCAAAAUAACAAAUAUGUGUCUGGGAAAUUAAAAAAAAAAAAAAACAAGAAAAAAAUUGCAUCUAAUCACAGCAUAAACCAUAUUAUUCAUCCAUUACAUUCAUACAUGUCUCACUAUUAUGAAUAUCCAAACACUGUAUGUAUUUAUACCAAGUCUGAAGCCAGACAUUAAUACAGCUGCAGACUCUCUGUGUUGUUGUAGCCUCAUUCUACUCCACUACGUAAGCAUCCAUGUCAUUCUGAUAAAAAUAUUACUCAAAAAGUCUUUACUGUUGAGAGCCAUUAUCUGCAGUUCGGCCAUCGUAGCUGAACUUCCAUGCUGCUGUAUGGCAGCGCGGACAGUCAUGCCAAAAUGAUGGGGAGAACACCAUCAAACAAACUUGAUCUCUCUAUCAAAGCUCUCACACAGUAUUUAGACUCUUAUAAAGAACCGAACGAAUGCUUUCAAGUUAGAAAAUAACUCUCCAUACUCUUUGCAGGUUGGCUGCUACAGAGGCCAAUGCAAUGCCCAUAACCAUCAAAGCCCUGUCAUUAUACUCAAUCCAGUGUUGCAGCCUCAUAUUAUCAGCUGUGUUGUCGUGUAACUCUGUAGACUUUAUGCAUUAACAAGCUUUAUGCAUAUAGAAAAUAUGCAGUAACAACAGAAACAAGCUUAUUUGGGACAAAGCAUUUAUUUUCCUACUACAGUACAUGCACUGAGUUUUGAUGCUGAAACCAAGCAAAGGGCCAAACCACUAUGAUGACGACGUUUGCAUUUUACAUCACGGACUCUGAGAUAAAAACAGCUUCACUGUAGUAGUUGAGGCUGAUCUGUAUGCACUGCUAAAUGAUCACCGUCGUCCCAUGACAGUUAACAGAGGGGGAUAUCAUCAUAAACUACCAUCCUGUCGUCAUGUGUAAUUGUUGCUCCUCCAGUAUGCACCUGCACCAAAAUGCUCGAGUGAUUCACUGUAGAUUUAAAAUAAGAAGACUGUAUAGGCUUCAUGUACACAGCUGAACAGACAUAGUUUGUCCCUGGCUUUGGCCCUUUAUUUCUGUGCGUUGUCCUCCUAUAACUAACCUGGGAAUCUCUCGCUCGGUCCCUUUUGCUGACCUCUCAAUGCAAGUUGCAUGCCCUCAUCUGUAAAUACAGUCUAUAGUUGUAGGCAAAAAACCCAAUCUGGGUAGAGAUUUCCUUUCUUUCUUCCCUCUGUGUGUCUUGUCUGUGUAAAGCGAUCUAGAUAUAGGCUUGGCUGUCUUGACCAUCUUAGAUGAAUGCAUGCUCUCUGUGUUUUUACCAAGAGGAGGAAGGGGAAAAGAUAAGAGUUUGAGACAUUUAAGGCUUUUUCUCUCAAUCAGAAUUAGGCAUCUGAGCAGUUUUGUUACCACAUUUAAAAACCAAAACACGUCAUGCAGUGUGUUUUGGGCUUCAUUUUAAUCAUAGACUUAACAAGACUGACAAGUUGCUAUUUCUGUAAGCUUGAUCCAAAAAAAAAAAACGGAUUUUGUCUCAGUUAAGUUAUGUCUCAGUACAAAAAGGAAGACUUCUUCAUGGCUGCUUGGAAAAGAUCAUUUUACAAACUCUUAAAGAACAGCUCCAAAAUAUUUGACUAGUUAGCUUUCCUUGUGCUUUUGCUGUAUGUACGUAAAUCAUCAAAUCCAGAUGCUAAAUGCUAAUGCUAACACCUAACCUCACUGCUAACGGAGCAUGCUAUUAACUGAAUCAAUUGUUUAGAUGUUUAGGUUUUAAGAUGUUCAAAAACACCCAACAGAGUGAAUGGAAAGUGAAACUCCACAUCAACUCAUAGCAAACAAAAAACGGCCUUUCGGCUCUGUGAUAAAACAGAUCAUUGGCUCCAUGACACUGUAGCAUUAUAUUAGUUUGUAGCUCAUUUAUCAAUAGCAGCCUUCAUGAGUUCAAAAGGGAAUUUAACCCCUUUGAGAUUUAGCUCUUGUUUUGAGCUACUGAACUUUAUAGUUCCUGUGUUUUACAAACAGCAUAUAGAUGGACCGAGAGUACAACUUUUGUUGCCUGUACGUGCAUAAAACUGUGAUUAAAAAAAAAAAAAAAUCAAGAUCUCACACCAGUUGAUGUCACAUCUGAGGUAUUACUUAAUAAAAUUCACUAGUUCUUGACAUGAGUAUUUACAAACCUUAAACUUAAUUACCAACCUUCAAUUAUCAGUAAAAAUAAAACUGCUUUACAGAAAACCAACACCUGGAAUUCAACUGUUUAAACUAAUACUCAAAUACUGCUUUUAAUGAGAUUUAUUUAAGAUUUUAAAUAUUUGAACUCAGGUCUACUAUAUGCAAAUCUAUUGGACAUCACAUGGCAUAAGAGGAAAAUAAACUGUUGUUUAGUAUAUUAUUUCAGUGUUGUGUGGGCAUGUACAGUAGCAGAUUCUCUUGCACGGUCACUUUGUUGUUUUUGAUUGUUUGUCAAACUGAUUUGUUGUUUUAUUGGUUAGUCUGAUUGUUUUGUUUUGUUUUGUUUUCAUUUAGUCUCUUUCAAUAAGAAACUCUGGGAGAUUUAAUUUAAGAAGAAAAAGAAAAAAGAAAAAAAAAUCCCUAAGUAAUGACCCCCUCUCUUCUGGGACAACCAAGCCUUAUGAACUUUGUGAAGUGAAAAUUUUGAAUGUUUGUAUGUUAUAAAAGAAAAUACGGAUUGUUUUAUAUGUUAAUACUGCCACAAUAAA